AGGAACGGGGCGUGUGCUCGUGUUUACAUAUUAAGCCAGAGCCGCCUCCCCCUCCCCUCAAGAUGUUGAUGUCGUGGUAUUUGUGAACUAUACUCCCGACCGUUCUUCUUUUUGAGAUGUAGGUAGGUAGAGCAGGUGCCCGUAUUUAUGUGUUUUUUUAGUUUUCCACAGAUGAAAGACGUGGUCGCUCGUCGCGGCAAACACGUAUAGUAGGAACCCACAACGAGCACUCUAUAGCCGCACCUUCUAUAGACACCUUGUAAACGAAGAACAAUACGAUGGUGGGCUGCAUGCUGCAACGCUAACCCUAACUCUGUAUGAUUCACGAAGAUGUUGAGUUGUUGGUGUUGCUAGAGCACUUAAAUUUUUCAAUUUUGUUUCUACUUGUCAAACCGAAUUCAAAUUUCAAUAUGUUUUGCGAAUUAUAUCGGAUACUGACUUUUUGUGUGUAGAUCUACAUCGACCACCCCUUCGACUAGCUACCCGCUAUUCUUACCCUUAUCUUUCUCUUUGUCCUCCUCUUUAGAAAUUUUUAUCAAAUUCACCCCCAGGAGCUUUACUUGAUCUUCAUCUUCUAGUUUUCAUCAACAUGCAACGUUUUGAAUUCGGAAUUCCUUCUGGUGGAGCUCGUCCUGCAGUUAUUUUCGCAAGUGCAGCUGCACCACCUCCACGUCCACCACCAGAAAACAUCAAGCACCGCAUCAACAUGCGAGGACAUAAUCCAAAUCGAAAACUACCGAGCGGCGGCAAGAACCUGCUACUAUUCCAGUCGGCCACCACAGCGUGUCUCGUCCUCCUUACGACGUUUCCGCUUCCAGCCUGGGGCAAUGCGUGCCACUCGUGGUGGCUGCAGUCGUACCAGCCGCAGCCCUGGCUGACCUGGGCCACCUGCGUGGAGUCCCAGUACCCGUAUCCUGAUUAAAAACGUCCCCACACCAGAGUCAAGAUGGGGAUUUUGCAACACAAACCUAGGAGUUUUGGGAGUCACGCAUGACAAGUUUCAGUCCGUAAGGUAGUGCAAGUUAGCAAAGAAAGCCGCAUCACAAAUCGAUCUGUUGAUCCUGUUUACAGCAUUACAAGUUCCCAAACACGAUUGAAAAUGCCUGUCAUGCGGUUGCGCAUCACAAAUGUUCCUGUCAUGGCAAAUCUGCAUGACAACUCUGGUGUGGGGACGUUUUUGCUCAGGAUAGCCCGAACCUCGACUUUACUUUGCCGGGCAUCGAGGAGGACCUGUACAUGGACUGCUUCUGCGAGUUUCCAGACCUGAAGUAUCAAAUGUAAAAAUGUCUGGGUCUGGAAGGUUGGAACUUGUCAUGCUAAAUCUGAAUGACGCAAAAAUCUGUGUUGCGUGAGUACCAAAAGCUGUCCGCUUUUGACCAAGUUGAGAGGGAGUUUCUCAUGCAGGAAAGGCAUGAUAGAGACCUCAAAAAAUCUGUCAUGCUGGGUCUCGCAUUCCAGACCUCAUGGGUCAUGGAAAACCUGCAUCACAAAUCUUGCAUUCUUCCAGACCCAGACACUUUUGCAAUUGAUAUGAAGACGCAAUGGCGCGACAUGUAUGCCACCGUGCCCAACUGGGACCAGUCGAGUGGCCGAGUGGAUUGCUGUCAAUACAGGUACAACUGUAUACAAAACGCAGCACCUCUUUUCGUGCCAUGAUGUAUGAAACUUGAUCCACCAUACAACCUUUCUUUUUUUUUGUGCAGCCUGCAUUUCAUCACCUCACGUUUGGUCAAAUUCCAGGAAUAGGUACGUAUUUUUCCAUGAUGAACACCUGAACAGAACAAUUGAAACUUUCGAACCGUCAUGUUGAACAAAUAAAAGUUCCUUCCUCCACGUCGCAUUAUCAUUGCUUUACAAACUCAGACUCACGCAAAAAAAAUAUAUACUGAUCUAAAGAUUGAUGUUGAAAACGUUACCACAGUUCCUGGAGCUCUUUUUGCGACAUGGAUUGUUCCCCGAACUGCAAUGACGCCCGCACGCAGGAGUGCCGCGAAAAGUGCAGCCCUCUCUGUCUGGAGGACAUGUACCGCGAGCAGCAGAUCGCCCUCGGGCUGUCGAAGUGUGAGUGCGAGGACUGCUGGGACAAGAUCAAGUGCCUCCACGACCACGCGCAGAACACGACGCACGCCAAUUUCAAGCGAGUCUGCGACACCGAGGGCUUCGAGCGGUCGAACGAGGUGGCGGACUGGUUUUCCUGCGCGCAGCGCUACCCGCACUCCACCGUGUGGGAGCAGGCGCAGGCGCGGGCCCACUGCAUUUGCGAAACCAACGUGCACGCGGCCUCGGUGCGGCACCACUGCUGCGACGUGCCCGGACACCGCCAUCUGUGUUUCGAGAACGAGCUGUGCGGAUCCCGGGACACGAUGUGCCAGACCCCGGCCGCCCAGGAGUGUCUGCACGACUGCGCGAACCUGUGCAGCCACAUCUCGGAGACCAGUAACGAGUGCAAGGCGAAGUGCCUGGAUCCGGGCUCGCUUUGCGAGAAGUACCAGAAGUGCGAGCCGCAGGGCGUGAAGAACCACGGGUACAUCUGCGACGACGGCAUCACGAUGCCGGACCUCGGGGGGUGUUGCGUGCGCCACGACGCGUCGUUCAGCACGGAGGGCAACAAGUGGUGUCCGCGGUUCUGCGCCAACGACGAGGUAUGGUGGGUGCGCGCCACGGACCGCUACGAGUGCUCCUGCGGGUCCUGUCCGAGCGACCAACAGGCCUUGACAGCCACCUUUCAGACGCUCGUCGCCGAGCACGUGGAGCAGAAAUACCGCAAGGGACUGAACCGUAUCUUGCAACGGCUCCAACUCGCGUCCAACGCCGAUCACGUGGAGGCGCUGGAGCACUUGUUUCGUGUGAUGGUUGACAACUGCAAGCAAAACACGAGAUACGAACCGGGGCGGGCCAUCAGCGAUUUGCCCAUGGAGCUGCAGACGCAGAUAUCCGUCGAUCUGGACUCCUUGGAAAAGGAAGCGCUGGCUCUCUUCACGGGGUCGGGCGAUAUGAAGGCCUCAGAAUGGAAAUCCUCAAAGUGGAAAUGAUUUGUGAUGCAAAAAAACGACCCCAGUUGAAGCGCCAUUUGUAGUCGGCGCAUGACAAAUUUCCCGGGCCCUUAAAGCAUGUCUGUCAUGCAGGUUAAGGCAAAGGGGUGCCCUUGUUUCGUGCUAAGCAGCACUCCAAUUCUUCACCCCUGGCAGGACAAUAGUCGGCCUCCAUUGCGUCCUCUGCAAUACAGUCUUUUUGGUGUCGCAUUUCAUGCAUCACAAAUUAUUUCCACUUUGAGGAUUUCCAUUCUGAGGCUGUCAUAGGCGACCCGCCGAGCAUCGACGGCGCGUGGGUCGUCUCCGAUGCAGAGUGGACCCGGAGGGGGAACAUAAUCGCAAACACGAGGAUAUCAAAUGUAAAAAUGUCUGGGUCUGGAAGAGUCAUGCUGUUUUUGCAUUACACAGAAGGUCUGGCAUGGAAGCUCUAGCAUCACAGGUUUCGAGAAGCUUCCGCAAUGCCGAACCCGCAUGAGAAAUCCCCCAUUUUGGCGACAGAAUUGAGCAGCUUUUGCUACCGAUGCAUGAGAGAUUUUUCUGUGUUCGAAAAUGCGCAUCACAAGUUCGGAUCCUUCCAGACCCAGACAUUUUUACAUUUGAUAGAGGACGACAACCACGCCCGCACCCGCCGGGGCUGGUGGUAACGGAGGAGAUGGCGCGACGUCAUCUUCGGACGAAAGUAGAACUGGUAGUGGAGGUACAACGGCGACUGGCGGCACGGCAGCGGAUGGCACAACCACUUCGGGAGGUACUUCUAGUACAACACCGUCGAACGCCAAUCCCAAUGUCGCAAACACGGGGAACCGGGACCAAACCCAAAAUCCCGCCGACUGGACUGCCAGCGCCGGCACCCCGGACCAGGAAACCGGCGGCCCCAUCAUCAUCGCGUCAGAGGACGACGACGGUUUGAUACCUCCGAGUGGGGGGACGACGAGCACUGGAGGGGGCGGUGACAAUUCAAACAGUGGUGGACCGCAAGACGACACCACCAUCCGCACCCCGGAAAACACGGUCCGGCUCGUUGGCCGCACGCAGAUCCGGAUGGCCCUGCCCAUCACGGCCUCCGGCACCAGCCUCCUCCGGGACCAGGCCUUCGUCGCAGCCUUCCAGACGGUAUCACGAGAAAAAAGUGUUACAGUUACACAUUUGUUGGAGUUUCUGCAUCACAAAUUUUCUCUGUGUGGCAGAGAAAACUUGUAAUGCGAAGAUCAUAAGGGAAAACAGGAAGGAAAAGAGGCUCGGAAGCAUUUCCUGCAUGAGAAAGGUUGUCUCUGUUGCCAGUCUUGCGUGACAAUGUGUAACUGUAACAGCACUUUUUUUUUGCGAUAGACGGCCUUCGCCAAGCAGUACCAGGUAGAAACGUCGAUAUCAAAUGUAAAAAUGUCUGGGUCUGGAAGGAUCCGAACUUGUGAUGCGCAUUUUCGAACACAGAAAAAUCUCUCAUGCAUCGGGAGCAAAAGCUGCUCAAUUCUGUCGCCAAAAUGGGGGAUUUCUCAUGCGGGUUCGGCAUUGCGGAAGCUUCUCGAAACCUGUGAUGCUAGAGCUUCCAUGCCAGACCUUCUGUGUCAUGCAAAAACAGCAUGAAUCUUACAGACCCAGACAUUUUUACAUUUGAUAGUCGAAAGUGCGGAUCAACAGCUUUCAGGUUCGAAGUGUCGCCAUCGCGACCAACAAUGCCGGGGCGUUUAGAAGAAGAGGCGAGGAGGAAGAGACGGAGGCCCGUGGUGAUAGAGACCACCGGUUUCAAGAAAAGAUAGGGAUAGCAGUACUAGACCUGCUACACAGAGACAGACAUUUGGUAGCGGACGAGGAAGCAACGAGACAAAAAGCACUCAUGGUCGUGUCUACUUCGCGCCGUCCUGCUGCUAUCGAGACAAACCCUGCGGACAGUGCGGCAAAGCGCGGUGUGCAGCUGGCUCGACGCGCUGGCGUAGGUCGAGUUCCAACUGAAAUAGUGCCCGGCGAAGAUCAUGAAAGAGUAGAAUCUCGAUCUCCAGGCAGGAGAGGGCCCGAGGAGUACGACCAUGACUUGCGGUUGAGGCCGAUAAAAUUGCUGGCAGCUGGGGUGGAGGUCGUGGCCAGCAGCAGCAAGAAGAAGAGAUUCAACAAGUUUCUUCGCACCUUAUCGUCCAUGACUGGUUCGAAGAUCUCAAAUAAAGUAGGAUACGAUAGCGACAUGUUGAUGAGGGCACAGAGUCAUGAUGUCCUCGAGAUCGACAUGCCCCACAGAAAUUUGCUUCCGAAACAGGUGGUGCGAAAGUUGCAGGCUAGGAAGGUUGCGUCGCCUUCCCAGACGAGCAGUGCGGGUACAACAGCUGCAGGUACAACAACUAGACAAUUGACGUCCUCUUCUACCACCGUCCGCACGGCCGAUCGCUACCUCACGACCGGGCACGAGAUCACGCUGAUGCGGGCACCGGAUCCACAGGACACGCUGAAGAGAAUGCAGGACACGCUCGCGCGGGCCACAACCGACACGGAAGUGCUGCAGAACGCGCUGCACGAAGAGCUCGCGGACCGACCGAACUACGUCGUGAAGAACGUGGAGGGCGUCUUCGUCCUGGACUGUGAGACCGCGGUCGCGAACGGCCGUUGCCGGAUCGACAUCGACGUGGCGCAGUCGUGCGUGGCCGAGUGUCGGCGGGGGGCGGUGCCCGUGUACGAAAUUGUGCGUCUGGACAACGACCCGAACACGCAACGCGCGAACAACGAAACGGCCCGCGUCAUCCUCACCGCGGUCGGUCUGGGCGCGCUGGUAUUCGGCCUGGUGGUCUUCAUUGGGCGGAUGCGGGGGAGAAAUAAAUCCUCAGUCCGAGAUGGAACUCAGCAUUACGACGAAAACAACCCCCUUCAUCAACAGCAGCACUUUUCUACCUACUAUCACGACAGCACAAAUUACCCGAACAGGGCUGGGCGGAACUCGUACUACCAACCAGGGAGCGGCGCAAUCGUUGGGCGGCCGGUGCUCGGAGGGGCCUCCAAUGGUGUGACCAGUAACCGCCACAUUCCGACGGGAAUGAUCAUGGACGCCAGCGAGGUCCCCACCGCCUGGGGCAUCGGCGAAAGUAGUGCUGCGAAUAGGUCCACAAAAACGCCUGCGCAGCUCGCAACAGGAGGUGGAAACAAUCACAAUCCGAAUGAGGAGACGACCACGACGAGCGCGACGCUAGACAGUACAACUUCGGGUGCUACGUCUGGAACAUCUGGUGCCAUAAAUGUCGACUCGGUUGACUUGAAUUCCGUGCGCAGCAACAGUAGUAGCAACAAGGUUUCGCCCGAGCAGCAAAGCGAGGCCGAGGGCUUGAAGAAAGCCGUCGACGAAAGCUUCGCCAGAUUGCCGCCCAGGCCCGGAAUGCCCAUGCCCGGCACUACUAGUUCUACUCUACCCGGCGCGAGUGCUAGCAAUACCAACACGCGGGUCACGACGCCUGAAGAGCAAACCACGCGAGGUGGAGGUUCUUCAUCUUCGUCCUGCUCAACAUCUCAAAAUGCAAGUGCAACUGCACCUCCGACUACUACACCUCCACCGCCCGAUCAAGAUGCGGCUUCCGUUUCCGCCGCGGCGGAGGACGGCGUGCUGUCAAUCAACAAGCGGAAAGCGACGUUCUACCUCUCGAGUCAGGGCAGCACGCGGGUGCGCUACAACGCCACCUCUCUCGUCUCCACGUCUGGGGGGCCCGUUGUCGGUGCGGUGGUGGUGGAGGACGAGUACCAGCCGUCGGCUUACGUGGACGAUGACGGAAACUUGCACAUUGUCGACCGUCACGUACCCCCUGCUCCCGUGUUGACCGGCACUUCUGCCGCAGGAGGAGCGUCUUCCUCUUCAACUACAUCUGCAUUUUUACCGAGCGGCAGCAAAAUGAAUCUGUUCGAUACUGGGACGACGAGUAAACAAGCAAACGCGGGGGCGGAAGUAGAACUACAGCAAGGCAGCAGUACAACCACGAAGCAGCACAUCCGCGAGGUGUUGCAAGAGGUCAGAGCGUCCGUUCCCGCGACAACCAGGGAAAGCUACCGCCAAGGGGGCACAACUGCAUCAUCUGCGUUUUCCUCUAAAGCGGCAGUGUCGGCGGGCGAGAAUAAUAGUCUCGGCGGCCCAGCAAACGGAACAAGCAGUACCAGUACGGGUCCCGGACCAAAGAGAAUCCCUUCGAAAGACACGACAAAAGCCGGCGCACCGACCGCGACUGUCACACCCACAACAUCUUCCUCGAGCGGUACUACGGUUAAUGCCAGUACUACUGUCGCAGGAGCGGGGGAACACACGACCAGCACGACACGCUCGCUGCGGCCCAGCGUAGACAACCUUCGCCGAAUAGGUGAGCCCUUGUCUACAACAGCGAACUCUGCCAGUGCUAGUGCUACAACGACCAGCAGCUCUACAUCAGCAACUGCAAGCAUCGUGCAACAGCUCCCACCAGCCGCGACGGGAGGCGCUGCGGCAGCUGCCCCGGGCGGGAAAAAAACUGGAAGUAAAUAAACUUAGCCGGUCGUGGUCGUAUUGCACCGAAAUAUCCGCUUUAUGUAUUAAGUAUUGUAACGGAUGCCACGAUGAACCAUUUUACUUAAUAUACUUGAGGACCCCCGCAAUACGGGCGAUGCAGUGGAACAACUACGCGGACGAGGCUUUUGAUGGCGCUGAGUUUUCUUUGCGAUUAUUUGUUUUCAGAACAGAACUUCAACAUCUUCUUUUGAAUAUCAACACAUCCAUAGAUAGUUCAUCGUCUGCCC